AGGCGGGACUUUGGUUCGGUAGAAGAAGAAGAUAGCCGCUAGCUUCUCGGUUCUGUUUCUAGCCGAUCAACAUGGUCCAACUGGUGGGUCCCCUCCGAAAAGAACUCGCGGACUCCCUUUCCACUUGCAAGGUGCUGGUGGUGGGAGCGGGGGGUAUCGGUUGUGAGCUGCUGAAGAACCUCGUCCUCACCGGCUUCAAAAACAUCGAAGUGAUUGACUUGGACACAAUUGAUGUCAGCAACCUGAACCGCCAGUUCCUCUUCCAGAAGAAGCAUGUUGGCAAGUCUAAAGCACAGGUGGCCAAGGAGAGCUCCUUGCUGUUUUGUCCCACUGCAAAUAUCACUGCCUACCAUGACAGCAUCAUGAACCCUGACUACAACGUGGAGUUCUUCAGAAAGUUCAUGCUGGUGAUGAACGCUCUGGAUAACAGAGCGGCCCGUAACCAUGUGAACAGGAUGUGUUUGGCAGCAGACAUCCCUCUGAUAGAGAGUGGCACUGCUGGAUACCUGGGACAAGUCACAGUCAUCAAGAAGGGAAUGACUGAGUGCUACGAGUGCCAACCCAAGCCCACCCAGAAGACCUUCCCAGGAUGCACCAUCAGAAACACUCCGUCUGAGCCCAUUCACUGCAUCGUCUGGGCCAAGUAUCUCUUCAAUCAGCUAUUUGGUGAAGAGGAUGCAGAUCAAGAAGUGUCGCCCGACACCGCGGAUCCCGAGGCUGCAUGGAAUCCCGAAGACACGGCAGCUCGCGCCACAGCCUCAGAAAAGGACGGGGACAUCAAGCGAGUCUCCACCAAGGAAUGGGCCCGCUCCACAGGAUACAACGCUGUCAAACUCUUCAACAAGCUUUUCAAAGAUGACAUCAUGUACCUGCUGACCAUGGACAAGCUGUGGAAGAAGAGGAAAGCUCCUACACCUCUAGACUGGCACCAGCUAAAGAACAGUGCUUGUCCUCAGGAGAAGUCUGUGGGUUCAGGUUUGAAGGACCAGCUGGUUCUGGGUGUUUGGGGUCUCUGCCAGAUGUUCCAGCGCAGCGUGGAGAGUCUCCGCUCAGAGCUGCAGGAGAAGGGAGAAGGAGCCGAGCUGGUGUGGGACAAGGAUGACCCCCCAGCUAUGGACUUUGUUACCGCGGCAGCCAACCUACGCAUGCACAUCUUCAGCAUGAACACGAAGAGUCGCUUUGAUGUUAAGUCCAUGGCGGGUAACAUCAUCCCAGCUAUUGCAACAACCAACGCUGUCAUCGCUGGACUCAUUGUGCUGGAGGCUUUGAAGAUCCUGUCCGGGGAACUAGAGUCCUGUCGCACAAUCUUCCUGAACAAGUGUCCCAAUCUUAGGAAGAAGCUGCUGGUCCCAUGUAUCCUGGAUCCUCCCAGCGCCAACUGCUACGUCUGCGCCAGCAAACCGGAAGUCACAGUCAAACUCAACGUCCACAAAACCACGGUCCUCUGCCUGCAGGACAGGAUCCUGAAGGAGAGGUUUGGCAUGGUGGCUCCAGAUGUUCAGAUAGAGGAUGGAAAAGGGACCAUCCUCAUCUCCUCAGAGGAAGGAGAGACAGAAACCAACAACAGCAAGUUUCUUGCAGAUUUUGGGAUCCGUAACGGCAGCCGUCUCCAAGUUGAUGACUUCCUGCAAGACUACACACUCCUCGUUAAUGUCCUGCACACAGAGGAACUAGAGCGGGAUGUGGAAUUUGAGGUCGUAGGUGAGGCCCCAGACAAAGCUCCGCCCCCUCAGCCAAACAAGGAAGAAGUUAACAGCAUCACCAACGGCAACAAGGCCGACUCCGCCCAGCCGUCCACCUCUUCUAAAGCUCCAGCAGAUGACGAUGACGUCAUGAUCGUUGACUCUGAUGAGGAGGAAGGAGCGUCUUCUAGCUCUGCAGCAGCACCGACCAGCGGCACCAAGAGGAGGCACUCGGACGCAGAAACUGGCGAGUCCUCCACCAAGCGCUUACGAAUGGACUCCACCGACAAUGAUGACGAUGACAUCAUCGCUCUGGACUAACCCCUCCUCCCUGGUGUCCUGAAGGACUGAGAACUCUUUAAACGCUUAUCAUUUUGACCCGAGACUGACCGUAGGUUUGAAUAAAACACCUCUUUUAUGAAGAACAAUUUACUGCCCUGGUUCGUCUUCCGUCACUUCCUCCCCAACUCUGUUUGUGCUUUCGUACUCCCUCUGCUCCGACAUGAUGCUGUAAAUAGGUUCUACAUUUUAAAACGUUUUGAAAAUACAAGCAACUUCUUUUGUUAUUGUUGUUCAUUUCUGGUCCCUAUAAAAUGCUUCUCUUGAUGGUUAAAAAAAGAGCUUUUCUUUUGGGUAAAUUUUAUAAAUGUACUGUAUUUCUCAUGCUACACAAGUCAGGGUGUUUUUGUGUUCAGGUAACAAAAAGAUUUAAAAACCAAAACAUUUUCUUAGAUUGUAAUAUUGAUCUGUUGUUGUGAAGGGACGGUAGACCCAGGAGUCUGCAGCUUGAGGUACUCUAACCAGCGUGUCUGUCUGUUGGUGCUGUUGAGAUCCUGAUGGAGAGCAUGGCCGUGUUGUGCCAGGGGGGAGUUGGUUUGCUACCUCUUUUUCUAGAACUAACAUGUUUUGGCUGCAAAUUUGUAACCAUGCCCUCCGUAACACCGCCACAGUCCAGCUCUUAGAGAAUGGAGAAAAAAAGUUUCUCAGAUACAGCCAUGGAGCAGCACAGUGAAACUGCAAUGACUGCGCUGUAAACUAAAGCCUCUGGCUAAGCACAAGCGGCUUAGAUCCAGGGUAGUAGUAGUUUAAUGUUAACAUGUUGCAGUCACUUUCUUAUUAGCAUAACUUGGUUCUGUUUGAGGAAAGAGGUCAGUAUGUAGAAGUAAGUGGAGAUAGUAAGACUUGACCAGAGAGUAAUGGUUUGACCAGAAGCAGUCAUUCUUGUUUAUACUGCAUUGAGCGGAUGCGGUCUUCAGUCUAACGCCUCUUUCAGUGUCCAUAAUUUCAUAUUUCAUUGUGAUCUGACUUGUUGUUGAAAUGCUAUGAGCGCCCCUUGGACCAAUUUGGUGAAGACAAUAAACUCAACAAAAAAUGCA